AUGAGCACCGACGUUACAGCGCCUCUCAAGUUACCACACUUUGCAAACGUGUUUGACGAGCCGUUGAGCACUGGCGUUCGCCGCCCAGCGGAGUCCAUGCCUCGCAUCACCCAGCAGUAUGCUUUGCCCAUUCACUAUCCAAACCAACCAAAGGACGUCGGCGAUGCCUCUCGGCGACGUGGAGAUCUCACACCGCGCGCAGACGACACUCUGCGCAGAAAGACCCCAAAUGGGACACUUGAUGCAGGCUACGACGUUUCUUCGGACGACUUCCAUCAACCACUCAAGCAUCAGGUUGUACCAUCAAGAGACGUUCAUGCCUCCAGGCCGAGCUCGGCAUAUGUGGCCGACGGCAAGCGUACUUUUCUACAACAUCAGCACCAGAGGCAGCAGAACGUCACUCACACAAGCUGGACUCGAGACGGCGAAAUAGGAUGGCAGCCCAGUCAGUAUGUUCAGCAUCCGGCCGCCUUCCCUGUAGAUUCUGUUUUGCAGCAGACGCCCACGCAGCAAUUUCCCCUUCAACAGUACUAUGGACAAACAGUCCCGAGCGUGAUACAGCCGUCAUAUCAAUAUCUCGGACCCACGGCUUCCGGAGGACAGGGUGCUGGACCUUACGGUCCAUACUGGCACGAUGGCACCUUCGUACCUUACAGACCGGCCGCAAUUCGAGAUCCACGCUUCUAUCAUCAUGGUCCCAACUACGCACCGCCUCAGACUUUGAUUCAGGACAACGUGUGGCAGCAUGGUAACCAGCCUCCCGCACAGUGGAUGGCUGCUCAUGGCGCGGGUCCGUACGCUCCGGUGCCCUUAGGGCUUCCGCCGAAUGCGCAUCAGACCCAAGGGGGAAUCGUCUACGGUCAUGCUGCCCGAUCUAUUUCUAACGGUGGGUCCCUCUCUGCUGUUCCUGGACCAUUGCCGCCUUUCUCGCUAGAUCCGAUUGAGGCCCAUCAGAACUAUCAAAGUGUCGACACUGAAUAUGGUCCCUCAUCGCCAAAUGGCAGACAACGGGACAGGACAUUUACCUGGGCUCUCCAACAGUAUCGUGAGCUCCUGGCUUAUAUACAUCAUACACGACGUCAGCAACAGCAAUGUCGACAGGCAAACGGUCAACAGAACGUUCCACAGCGGCCAAGCUUUUACCCAAAGCCUCCCCGACCAUCAACUUCCGGUUCGUCCCAGCAAAUCGGCAAGACCAGGGCAGAAUUAGAGGGCGCUUGCAAGAGCAAUGAGGCAGAUCCGCCUGUUGGCCCACCGCGCGCCGACGGACAAGUUGCUCAAGACCAGAAUCUGCACGGAACACACGUAUCUUCUGUGCGGCCGUCAAGUGGGGUGUCGUUCCACGAAAACGGUGGCUAUCAUCGACGCGCUUCGUUCGGCCAAACACUGCAUUCUCCGCUGUUUUCACAAACGUCUGUCCAGCAGGCCGACCGACAGCGGUCUCUGCGUCGCUCCACGGGGUCAUCCGUGUCUACCAUGUUCGCACCACAAGACGACUCGCCUCCCAUGAGAGCAACGGCCGCGCUCGCGCAAAUGACUCGACUAUGCCAGGACACCCAGUGGCAGUGGAUUGAUGGUAUGCAUUUGGGAGGAUGUUUAGCAUAUGGACUCGGCAACUACCAAAAGGCUUUAAAGUGGUACAACAAAGUGUUAGAGAGGGAUCCAAAGCACCUAGAGGCAACAUCCAACCUAGCAGCUACACUGCUCGCGCUCGGAGAGAAAUCAGAGGCAGAGCAGCAUUGGAUCAAAGUGGUAAAGGCUGCACCGAAUCAUUUCGAGGCCGUCGAACAUUUGGUCGGUCUGUUGUGUAACGAGCAAAGGAGCAAGGAUGCGAUCAGGGUAAUCGAGUACGUCGAGCGGUCGUUGCGACGGACGAAGAGCUCGGCCACGCUCAAGGUUUCGGACCGUCAAAGUGAAUGCUCCUCGUCCACGGCCAGUCGUUCCCCCUGCAUCUCAGAGAAAUCCGAUAACAUGGUUUGCGAUCUCUUCGACGGCGACGGAGACGCGUUUGCCAUGGACUGCAGAGAUGUUCCGAGCAGUUCGGAGCCAGGCUUCGGCUCAAGUGGCUUCGCAAUUCCUGGCUGCGACAAUGGCAGAAUACUCGCCCUCAUUCACGCGAAAGGAAACAUGCUUUAUGGCCUUGGCGACAAUUCCGGUGCUGCCAGAGCAUUCGAAGACGCCGUGCUCAUUGCGACGGGGAGCAAAUAUGACACCGUCCAAGGGCUCAUUAAGCACAUUUUAAGUGUCGUAUCUGCUACGGUGUCAUUGCAACCACAGCAGAGAGGACCGCUUCCGCCAUCUGCAGAACCGAUCUUGUUGUCUCCUGACCAAGCUUUGGCGACCGCGAGGCUGUGCUUUCCGURCAUUGGCGAACUUCCUGGGCUUCGGCACGUUCCCGGAGGUUCCCAGAGUCUAGCUCGAAAGGCAGUCGUAUCAACGACUAGCAACUCUCUGCUGUCUCUUGCGAAAAUCUUCCAAGACGGAAUGUCCAACGCGAGUGCAAGCGCGAAUACCAAUGCAAAUCGAUCGUUUGGCGUGAACCCCUUGACGCACGGCGUGAGAGACAUACUAGCGUUGUACUACCUUUCAUUGUCUCUGCAACCAAGUCCAUCGACCGCCAAUAAUGUUGGAAUAUUGUUGGCCAGCGUCCAGCAAGUAGUAGCGCCGACGCCAUCACGCCAGAAGCUAGACUUUCCCGGUAUCGCACCGGGGAGCGGCAUUGCUCUUGCGUUGCAAUAUUACAAUUAUGGCCUACAACUGGACCAGAAUCAUGCUCAUCUUUACACCAACCUUGGCAGUCUGCUGAAGGACAUCGGUCAGCUCGACGCAGCGAUCAGCAUGUACGAGCGUGCAGUCAAAUGUGAUGGCAAAUUUGACAUAGCCCUUGCGAAUCUCGCCAACGCUGUCAAGGACAAAGGAAGGAUCAGUGACGCUAUCGUCUACUACAAACGUGCGGUGGAAGUCAGUCCAGAUUUCGCGGAGGCUGUCUGCGGGCUGGCGAACGCCCUGAACUCUGUUUGUGGAUGGCAGGCGCGGGGAGGUAUCGCCGAAGAUGGUGGAAGGCGAGACAGGUGGCAUGUGGACAACAACGGUAUGCUUCUGGAUGCGAGGCAGCCUGGGGCAACAAGUUCUGGAUGGAUCCGUCGUGUUGUCGAUAUCGUGGAAAAGCAGCUCGUCGAGGGCGAAGCUUGGGGCUCUGGUACUCUGACACCCUCAGUACUCGAAAGUGUAUUGCAGCAGGUCAUCAAUUUUGACGAUUGCCAUGGAGAGACCAAAGCGCGAGAAACGGCUCUUCGAAAGUCACUCACAGCAUGGGCCGGCCACAAUUGGGAAGGAGCUCGAUUGACAAGACUGAUAGAGCGUGCGACGAAACGAAUCAGCUGGCACUGGUAUCAGGACACAUAUGUGACCAAACGCCAUCGCUCCUCGUCGAGCUACAACCGCCCACAGCUACCAGCGGCGCUCGCUGUUCCCUCCGCUCCCACUGUUCUACCAUUUCACACAUUCACCUGUCCAAUGUCGGCGAAACAAAUUCGGUUGAUCUCCCAAAGGAACGCACUUCGCAUCUCUACAACAACCCUUCGAUCACCGUGGCUCCCGAAACAGGUUUUUCCGCCGCCYAAGCCCCCUAUGCCAAGUCUCCGGGUGGGAUACGUCUCAUCCGAUUUCAACAAUCAUCCCCUGGCGCAUCUUAUGCAGUCCGUGUUUGGACUUCAUGACACCCGUCGGGUCAAGGCUUACUGCUACGCGACGACGGCAAGUGACAACUCCGUACAUCGUCAACAGAUACAGGCCGAAGCGCCGGUAUUCCACGAUGCAAGCUCAUGGUCCGCUGAGAGGCUCGUCACACAGAUCGUGCAGGACGGAAUCCAUAUUCUUGUCAACUUGAAUGGAUACACUCGUGGGGCGCGCAACGAAGUCUUCGCAGCCCGUCCUGCGCCGAUUCAAAUGUCUUUCAUGGGAUUUGCGGGCACUCUCGGCGCAGAAUGGUGCGACUAUUUGCUGGCUGACGAGACUGCCGUACCAACUGAUACGCUGCGACCUUGGCGGAGGAACGUGGACCUUGAAGAUCAACUUGUCGACCUCAACAAUGGUGGCGACAACGACGAUUGGGUUUACGGCGAGAACAUUAUAUACUGCCGCGACACAUUUUUCUGCUGCGACCACAAACAAAGCGCCCCGGACGCGAAAGACCAGGACCUGGGCUGGGACGAAGAGCAGAAGCGACGGUGGCAGAUGCGCAGGGAGCUUUUCCCACAAUUAUCGGAUGAUACGAUUAUCUUCGGCAACUUCAACCAGCUUUACAAGAUCGACCCGACGACGUUUCGAACGUGGCUUCGCAUACUGGCAAACGUGCCGAAUUCUAUCCUCUGGCUUUUGCGAUUCCCAGACCUCGGAGAGUCCAACCUCCUCGCGACAGCUCGCAUGUGGGCUGGAACAGAGGUUGCGUCUCGGGUCAUCUUUACGGACGUGGCACCCAAGCACCUGCAUAUUUCACGCGCAAGGGUCUGCGAUCUAGUCCUGGACACUGCCGAGUGUAACGCCCACACAACGGCGGCUGAUGUCCUCUGGAGCGGCACGCCACUACUCACUUUACCGCGAUAUGCAUAUAAGAUGUGCAGUCGUAUGGCGGCCAGCAUACUGAAGGGUGCUUUGCCAAAAAGCGACGAAGGAGCUCUCGCAGCUGUCGAGCUCGUAGCGACUAGCGAGGAGGACUACGAAGAGAAGGCAAUCAUGCUUGGCAGGUCGUUUUCCUUUGUGAAGGGCAGCAACGGCGUCAGUCAGGGCAGGCUCACUGAGUUGCGAAAAAUGCUGUUUGAAGCUCGUUGGACCAGCGCAUUGUUCGACACCGCGAGAUGGGUCAGAGACCUUGAGGACGCGUAUGAAGAAUCUUGGAAACGUUGGGAGUGUGGAAAGGGGGGCGAUAUUUGGUUGUCCAAGAUCCCGCAGCACGAACCAUGA